AUCUGUUACUUUUCAAACUCGAGAGAUGUAAUUACUAAAAAAAUAUUCUAUUUUAUAUAUCAAAUGCCUCGGGUAUCUCAUAAUUCAUGUUUAUUUUUUUUUAGCGACCGUGAACUUAAUUCUGCCCCUCGAGAGAGAUAAUGUGUCGAUGUUUAUGCGGAAGAAUUGAUUGUUGAACAAGGUUUAGUACUUUAAAUCAUUUUCCUCCUCCUUGUCUAAACUUCAUUUGCAAUCCCGCAUUGAUGGACUCAAUAGUAUUCGCUUGUUGAUUAAUGUACAAGUCAACAAGGUCCAAGAUCAGUAAGGAUCAACAAAAUAAGAAGGACAGACGGAAAAGUUGACGCACACGCUUGUUACUUUUUUUAAUUGCGUUUCAAGACGCGAUGACGCCAGUCCGAUACUUAAUCUUUUUAUAGUCUCGUCGUAAAUACAUAUAUUGGACGUUUUGACGUUUAGCUCAUAGAUUUGCAAAUAUAUAUACAAAGAUCUUCCUUGUGCAUUUUUAUUUCGUACAUGCGGUUUUAUAUGCUCUUCACAUUGACUCGAUGAAACAUUAAAUUGCAAACUCGAUACAAAAAAGUAUUAAUAGCUCAAUUCUCUAAUUAUACUUGAUCGCAAUAUAUAUACAUAUACAUAUAUAUGAUUUACGUAAUUCCAUGACGUGCUAAUUGCAACUUUAUACGCUCGAAUCUUCGUAUGCGUUGAUUUAAUCUUUUUGAGAAAAUUUAUUCAGUUCGCACCUCGUGUGAAUUAAGUAAUCCCAUCGAUCUUUCUCCGUUCGACGCCAGCGGAGAAAAAUCGAUUCGUUUCGUCACGAUUGUCCCUCGAUAUUCGACGUCAAGCGGCCAGCGGCCUUGAACUCUGAACCCUGCUUGACUUCGAGAUCUUGCGCGGGAAAUUAAACGCAGGCAUUCGGGGGACUCGGGUAUUCGUACGCGAGACACUUGCGCAAGAUUGAAUUUGAAAGCGAAUAUUCCUCGAAUCGAGCCUUCGGGACUGAAAACGUCCUUCCUGAAAGUGUCGUCUUCAAACGAUACCGUUUUUUAAUGCGCGGCGUUCCGUUAUUAAUCGACGACACUUAUUACUUCCGUGCCAAUUCUGGCGCGAGAUAUCUGUGCCUCGCAUGGAAGGAUAUUAAUGAAAUGGGACUUACAUUACCGUCUUGCAGUUGCGUUGUCGCGUUGUCGCAACAAAAUGCUGCCUGCCGUAACAAUUAUGUGCCAACGACACUCGCAUAUUCGGACGACAGGUCGCGCCGCACAUAUUAAUAACCGGAUCGCGGAUUUUCACCUGAAUACGCGCGUUGUGAAGAAGCGACGCAACGCGCCGCUCGACGGAGCUCAUUGUUGCGAACUCAUUGUUGCGUGCAUUAAUCGUUUGACUUGACGUAAAAAUUAACUUUUGAAUUUUAUUUAUAGCAGUUUGAUUUAUAACAAUUGCCCAGACACGCACCGUCUCGGUUUUUAUAGCUUCAUUAAUCACAACAAUGACAGUUUGGCUUGACACAAAAAUUAACUUUUGGAUUUAUUUAUAACAAUUUGAUUUAUAUUGCAAUUCCGCGGAUACGCAUGCCGUCGCGCUUUUUAUAGCUUCAUUAAACACAACAAAAGUCUCAUUACUUUACGUUGCUUGGCAGACCGUUCGAGCGACGGUACGAUUGUUAUUGUCCAUCAAGAAAACAAUUGAUAAAAAAGAUUAUUAUUGAUGAUAUCGCCUUAAUUGUUUUUACAGUGCGCCGCGAUGUGGAAGUGAUGAACUUUAAUCGCCGUCGGCGAGACACUUUGAUUUGUUAGCGUGAUUUCAUUCGAAUGCGCAUUAAAAAAAAAAAGAAGAAAAGAAGGUAUCAUCAAGUCUGUGCGUGUCGAACGCGGGGCAAUUGUUACGAAAUGAUUCGGGUUUAUUCGGGCGCCGUAACCCGUGACCGUAAUCGUAUAACUGUACACCGCGCGCGGAACCAUGAGUGAAAGUGCGCCGUUGUGUUCGCGGAGUGUUAAUAAAGCGAAGCUGUGGGCGCGCGCGGACCGGAAUGCCUCCUUUUUUUUUGCGCCUUUCCGCAGAACUAGAAGUUCGCGCUCGCAACGACCGAUAUAAACGGCAAUAACCGGCUCGUGAUUCACGGUCACGCGGGGAAUGAAUGAUGGUCAAAAGAAUAAGCGUUUCCACGACGAUUACAGUCGACAAAAACUAUGCAAAUUAAUUAAUAUUACGUAUUUGUCUCGCUAUUUGCAUAUCGAUUAGCGAAAGUUCGCAACUUUGUUUACGAUCCCCUAUGUGUGACCGCGGGCUUAUCUGAAGAGGAAACGCGGGUGAAUAAUACGUUUCGCGAACGUAAGUGUGCCGAGUGUAUCAUAAACAUUCCCGAUGGACACUUCGAUGAAUUUAAAUAAACUUAAUGGAGUUUUAUUAACUGUUAUUCGCUGCCGAUAUUAGAAUUAUUUAUUAGGCUGCAUCUAUUAGGAUUUAUUCGACCGUAUCCUCUCGCUUUUACGAAAACGAGACCUUAAGUGUGACAAAGAACGCGAUCCGAGAAGCAUUAUGCUCUAUAGAGUUCUAGAGAAAGCGCACGAGAUUUCAGAGAGCACACCGUACAGAUAAUUUGUUAUGCAUGGCUUUGAUCUUAUUGAUUUGAUUAUAUAUUUGCUAAACUCUCGACAAUAUUUAUCGAGCCUCGUCGCAAAGUGCUCCUCAAACGUUUCUAUAUUUGUGUUCCAUUAGCAGCAAAACAUAAUCUAUUCAUGUGACACUCUGCAGAGUGUCGGGUAAAUCGCGUCAAUCUUCACGAGGAGGCGAUACUUCGGGAAAGAACAAGUAAGAGAUGCGAAAUGAGUUUUUCAUUGACGGAAUAAUUCCGUGUCGAAAAAAUGAUACAAUAAUAACAUACUUCCUUUUCAUUUCGUUCUCUCCCAGGAAUUAUCUCCUUACUAGUUGCAAUUACUAGUUACAAUUUACCGGGUACCAGUGUAUUUGCACGGCAGCCACGAGACGCAGACCGCAUUGCAGAAUUUUUAGACGGACGCACGCUUGUAUUUUCGUUCACCGCCAAUCGUUACGGCCGCGGUAGUUCUUCGUAAGUGCAGCCGCAUCGUCUGCGAUUACAUUAAUGACAUACUCCUGCACGGGAUUAGCAAAUCAAUAAUUACUACGGAUCUUCGUUAUCUCACGAGGGUGGGGGAGGAACUCAUGUAAUCGUACAUGAAUGACCGGUCGUCAUGUACGCGACUGCGAAUGCUGAUUAAUUUGGAGGUCACGCGAUUAAGAAGAAGAAAAAGAAAUCGGCAGAAAUAAAAUGCGGCAUUGGAUCUGUCUCCGCGGUUGCCACGAUUUGCAAUUUCGUCAGAACUCCUGUAGUUUUUUUUAUGCAGAAUUAUUGCAGCUGUUCGAUUGUUUACGCAUAAUUACGCAACAAGUCUUGACGAAGAAAAAUAUAAUAUUUAUGCUAAUCUCUCUUCGCUAAUCUCAACGUGAUUCGUUCUUUCAAUGCAGACUUUGAAACAUCCUGUACUAUUAUUAAUCUAUACGUUUUAAUAAUUUUACAACAAAUUUACAAACUGAAAUUAGUUGCGGCUAAUAACCGGAAAUAAAUGGCCCUCGUAUUUCUCUCGGUCCUCCUGCGCCGCGUUGCUUUGCAUUCGUAAUUUCUCCCCGGAAGGAGAUUGAUGCAGACAGGACAUUUAUUUCUGAUACGCAUUUUAUCCUUGCACGAGAACCGCCGCUCGGUUCGCUGCUCCAUAUCUCUGUAAUGCAUCCUGUCGUCGGUGCAGCACGCGACAGAACAGUACGCAUUUCCGGCGCACCGAUGCAGCUGCAUCGACGGACACGCAAAUUAGUCAUGCCGUUCGUAUAUGUAUGUAUAUAUAUUUCGCGUUGAAUCUCGCAGUACAAACAUUCCAUUUUCGAUAUCGGCAGAUAAACAUAAAUUUUAUCCCUCCCACACUUCCACGAGGCGCUGCUUUCGUAACGCUUUCAUAACUUUUUUUUUUUUUUCGAAUUAUCGUAAUCAAGUUUGACUCCAGAAUUGACGAGGUGACGCUAGCGCGCGUUGCAGACACUAAUUUUUGCAAUUGCUUCGAACGGCAGCGGAGUUUUAUUUCAGAUAAAAUAUUUUCGGAUAAUUAAAACGGACUUUACGGAACGUAGACCCUCGCCGAGCGGCUCGCAAGAGAGCGCGAAAUUCGGCACUGUGUUCCAAAGUUCGGCAAACAGGACUAGUCGAGUUCGAAUCGCGUGUUGGAUAGGACGAUCGACAGUGCGGAUCUCCGGUCACACGAUAGGAUAAUAAACAGUUCCACAUGUCUUAUUGAAAUAUCGGAUUCUUCCCGGCGUGGCAUCAAACGGUCGAUGGGGACGGCUGUUUCAGCGGAAAGAUAUCGCGCGUUAAACGGUGUUAUUCGCGGCUGUUAAAAAUGAGGAUCGAUCAGCUAGGGCUUCUUCUAUGGAAGAACUACAUUGUUCGGAAGCGACAACCGGGAAUACUGGCUCUAAUUUUUCUCUGGCCGAUAUUGGUUUUCAUAAUUCUCUACACGGUGCGUGACAAUGUCGAUCCCGAGUACCAUCCGACGUGUCAGUUUCCCGCGAGGUCGAUGCCGCAGGAUGGGCUUCUGCCGUUCGUGCAGAGCUACAUAUGCAGCGUCGGGAACCCCUGCGAUCCGCUGUCGAAGUACGAGGAGGUGCCCUCGUACCAGAACUCCACCUUGGGGCCUUUAGUCGUGGAACUGCAACCAAUGCUCACUAACAAGACGAUUAUCUCCGCCGUGGAAACGUUGCCGCAAAGUAUCCAACUGUUGAAGUCGAUGGCGCAAAUACUCACCAAGCCGGAAAUCAAGGCACUCUUCGAUAGGGGAAUCCGUUUGGGCGACUUGUUCAACAAUCACGAGCAAAUUAAGAACUUACUCAAAUCUCACAUGCCGCACGCAAGGGACGGUUUGAUCGACGGUUUAUUCGAGUCAUCCGUCAAAUUGAUAUACUUAAUCCAAACUUUCGGUUCGUCUAAUAUCGACGGCGUCAUUUGCUCCCCGGACAGCCUGAAGAAAUAUUUGAUUGUACCUGAAGAGGAGGAUGUCACGGAGAUCUCGAAUAUCCUUUGCAAAAUCGAUCCGCUAUCAAUACCCGAUAUUCUGGAGAAUCUUUCGAGCCAUCUGGACUUCAGUGGUUUACUGGAGAUGGUCGAUCGCGCGAUGGCGAAAUUUCGCGAAUACAAUUUCUUCCACGAUCUGAAGCGAGCGACGGAGACCAUCCUCGAUCUGAAGACAACCAAGAAGUACAUACCCGAGUACUUGAGAAUCCGCGAGUGGCUGCCGAAAAUAAUCUUGGUCUUUCAAAACGUGACCUUCAAGGAAAUUGAUCUGGAUUUCUUCAACAAAGCCCUCGUGGUUCUCGAUCCUGUAUUUGAAUACGAACGAAAUUGGCCGAUCGCGCGGAGGGGAUUUUUGAAAAUAAACAAACUGCUGCGGAUGGUGAAGGAAAUCGUGAAGAACCGCAAGGUCAAUUCCACAGAUGAUGACGACUUCUUCACCGUGAUGAAUCGGUUGCGCGGGACUAUAUCAACUUUCUCCUCGAAUCUGGAUAAUUACGACAACAUCACGCAGAUAUUAGAUCUGUCCUUUCUGAUCCUGCAGGAUGGUAUCCGACUUACUAAUAAACUGCUGGAUCGCCACGAGAGUGAUUUUGAAUUAACUGCUAAAGUCUUCGACGGGCUCAGAGACUUCUUUUCUACUAACAUUGUAAAUUCGAUUACGUACGUUGUAUCGUUGAUGGACAAUAUCGUGCAAAUGACUCAUCACGUUGCUAUACUUCACGAAGAAACUUUGGAGAGAUUAUACGAUAUCUCUAAAAGACACCAUAAUUUGAUCCAAAAGAUACUCACAAAUCUCCAACCUACUGCAUACAGAACGAUCGUUCGGUCUUUCUCCCAAUUAGAUUUUGUAGAGCGUUUCGUAGAUUUUAUUAGGAAGAGAAAACCCGAUGAAGUGUUUUGUGAAGCGGACACAAUGAGAGAGAUAUUCGAGAAUUACGUCGAGUUUCAAGUUAAUUCCAACGAAAUAAAGGAAUUAUUCUGCGGCGAUGAGGGAAAGAAAUUCAUCGCUGACGUCUACGACAGUUUUGAAUUCGAGAAAUUUGGGAAAAUCGUAACGAAUACUUUAUCGACCAUGGUCAGCAUGGCAUUCAAACAAACAGUCAGGAUCGACAGUGCGAACUUAACAUCCGUUGUGAGGAAUAUUAAAGGAUUCGUGAGUUAUUUAGACUCGCGAAAAGUAAAGUACUUAAACUGGAGCAUUUUUCAUACCAGCGACGAAUGGAAAAAAACUUUCAACGACAUGCAGUUUCAAGGAAGAUUAGAUAUCUUGGGAAUUCAUCUGAGCAUAGCGAAGAUGCUGGGUUUUCGCAGUUUGUCGUACGCGUCCAUCAAGCCAGAUCUGGAAAAUAUGGACCUGAUAGCUGAAGUAAUUUUGCAAGAUCUACGAAAUAAUCCUACCAGCUUGAUCGGGGAGGUACGCCGACGGGAAGCUGAGUUAAUCGAAUCGUUUUAUCUCACCAUCACGGAUAAAGAGAAGACGUUGCAGAUCCUGGAGUAUUCUAAUUUCACGCGAUCGUACUGUACGGAGCCGAAUUCGCCGGAUCUGCUAAAUUUUCCUAAGGAGUCGAACAGCACGAUUCUCAAGGAAGCGACGUGCUAUCUAUCGAAAAUCGUGCAAAGGAAUCUGGAAAUAAACGUGACCAGCAUCGAAAUUGAGGAGGCCAUCUACCGGCGGAAGGAAUUUAAUUGGACGUCCUUUAACGAGAAGGUAAUCGAGAUCUACCAGUACGUCGAUACCCUGGUGCACCAGGAGGAUCUACAUUACGAUUUGAAGAAAAUCGAGAAACUGAAGCAGAACUUCAAGUUCUCGUGGAUGACGAACGUAACGGCGAAGGACACGUGGGAGAUCAGCGUAGGUUUAAUCUGCAAGGUCUUCGACGUGAUGGAGAGUCCGCUGUUCGGGAUCCAAACCAAGAAAAAUUGGCGAAACAUUUACGGGCUCGCGUGGGCGACCUCGGUGAUCUUCGACAAUAUCGAGAGGAUCGUCGAUCAGAUCCAGCAGCACGAUCACGUGGCGAAGCUUUCCGACGUUUUGCAGGAGAUGCCGCAGACCGAGAUACUCGUCGGCACGUUCCUAAGAAAUUUAUCCCCGGUCAUCCUCGACAUGGUCGACAUGAUAACGCUGCGGCCGGUGCCUCUUAUAUCGUCUCUUGAGGAUUACAAGGAGCGUGAGGUGAUGUGGCCUUGCAUCAUGAACGAAAGCGUUGGCGCUGCAUUAGAAUUGAGAAACGGAAGUCGGGAAGUCAUUAGAGAGUUCGAAAGAAUCGCAUGCAACCCAAGUGCCUUUAUCAAAGAGUGGAGAGAGCAGCCGGUGAUAACGAGAGUCCGAAAAAUUUUUGAGCAUGACGAAACUGUAGAUUUGCCAGCGUUCAACUGGACUCUGGGCUACACGAAAUUUAGACGAUUAGUGACGAAGUUCGAAAAUCUGGUGAACAACGCUAAAGACGUCGUUUUGGCGGAAGAACCGAAAUUGGUGAAGUACAUGAAGACAAUCGCGACAGAAUCGGAUGAUAUUAUCCAGGAAAGAUUGCCAAACAUGUAUGAUUGGAGAAAUACCUUGAAUCAUAUCGAUCUGGAGCUCGACAAGGCCAUCCCGUCCUUCGACAGCGAUCUUUCUGCAAAUGGAAUUUGGAAAUCAUCAGUCAAUGUUACCGAUCGCAUUCUUAUUUUUGUUAAAUAUAUAUCUAACGUCGUUCACAAAAGCGCGCGCAUCGUGACCGACAUACUUAAAAGCGGCACAGGGAAGAUCAGUUUGCUAUCUUUGUUAGGAUUCGAUAAUAUCUCCCCUAUUACCAUUUUCCACGAUCAGCUACCUUUCGUCCUGUCGACGCUGGUGAACGGGAUAUCCGACCCUAUAAUAGACAACCGUAUUGUCACAGCAUUGAAAAGUAACACUACAAUCACGUGCUCGAUGCUGUUCGACUGGCUUUCGGAUUAUAAGGUCGGCCUGAGCGACGAGGAGUACAGGACUUUGAAAAAUUUCACUUGCGAUCUCGAUCCCGAGAACUUCAACGUCUACACGGAUCUCUAUAUGGCGGAAAUGACGAUCUGGGACAAGCCCACCAGCAAGUAUCGGUCUUUCAUAGCCUCGAUGAUCGGCGACAUGUACGAUCUUAUUGAGGCUAUCACCCUCGCGAUGAAGCACAACGUAAUCAUCGAGCCGCCAUUUUCGAAGAGAUAUCUGGAUCACAUGCUCCAGAUGUUGAAAGACACUCUGGAAAUCGUGAGCGGAGAGGGUACUUAUCACAAGGAAUUGAAACUGGGUGAAGGAUGGUCGAAUUACAGAUUGCUUAUUGAGGGCGUAUCGCAAAUUCUGCUUCACAUUGGCAACGCGUUGAAAAAUGUCGAGGUACACGACCACGAGUUGAAAACUUGGCAACUGAUGGCGAACGAUGAUACGCGUCAAGUGCUAAAGAUUCUAGAAGCUAAUCCGGAAGAGACAGUCGCGUUAAUUGCCACCCUCAGCACGCUCGACGAUGCGACCGGCGAAUUUAUGCCUUUCGAGGACAUCAGGAAGACUAUGUGCACUCAGCGUUUUAACUCAAAUUACUGGUCCACGACGAACAGAACGCGCUUCCUGGAAGAAGUGUGCUCGUUCGAUCCUUACCAGCUGCUGAAGACCGCCACGAGCGACGAAUACUAUGAGAUUGUCACCGGUCGGAGAACUGCCUUGUCGAAAUCGACUCCGUUAACUAUGUCGUUAACGAGAUUAUUGGACAUCGUAACGAAUUUUACCGUCGCGUCGCCAGGCGUGAGUCUCAGAUCGAAUAUCUUCAAUGUGACGACGUGGGCGAAUCUGCCCAAUGAGACCUGGGCUCUGAUCCUGAGGUCCGAAAAAUCCUGGAUUCAUCAGUACCGAAACUCCGCGUGGUACAGAUUCAACGUGACGGAUUCGCACGUCGGUGCGGAUUAUCUCGUCGGGGCGAGGAAAUUGUUUCAGCUCCUGGAAUCCGCGAUCAAUCUCGUGUCCGGCGGUGAUAUCUGGCAGAAGCUGCGCGUCAUGCACGAAACGUCGAAACUCAAGCCGCUGCUAACACUCGCGGAGGAUAUGCCUAAUCUCCUUAUUACCGCCGCCGACACCUUCGUCUCGUCCGAGAGGCUGGACGAUUUCAUACAGAAGCUCCUCCUCGGCCUGGUGCACCCCUGCGAUAUCGACCGGUACCUGAUUCCGCCCAGCUACAUGAGGAAGAGAGGCUUGCUGGCCAGCAUUACGAAUUUCUGCCAGAAGAUCAUCAUGAGCGAUGAGCGGUUAACGUGGACGGACUUGCUGCCAUACAACGGAAAAUACAAUGACAGCCACGUUACUUCCGAUAUGCCAUCGGAAUCCGUUUACGAGGAACAGCUAUUACAAAGGGUACAGAAAUUUCAGACCGCUUUGGUUCGCGCUUUAUCGGAAGGCUUCAGGCAGCCGAAAAUUCCUGCGUGGUGGACGUCAUUCGAGGAGGGUACCUUAAAAAGCUUCACGGCGCAAUACAAGAAAAAGGACGCGAAGACUAUGGCAUAUUCGAUGGUGAAGAAAUCAAUAUCGAUUAUGAAAAAUUUUUUGGUAACUCAACCUAGCACCGUAAAUUGUACGUGGUGUGUUACGCUCCCACUGGAGAUUUUAAAUUCUCAGCUGAUGCACCAUAGCCUCUACUCGAAACUGCUCUGUCAAAUGACUCGAUUAAAUAUAUCGGAGGUGCAUAACAUUUUGAUGAACGAUUUCAACUGGAAUAAAACCGGCAACAUGGUCAAGAAUUAUAAAUAUCUGACCAAGAAGAAGCCGCUUGACGAGUUUUUAAACACGCUCGAAAUUACUCUACAUUACAUGGCCGAUAUCUUCAUCGAUUUUCAAAACGAGACAUACAGUGAUAGAGUACACGAGUGCUUUAACAAAUUCGUCGGCGGUCCCACGUAUUCCAGACCGGGGUUGUAUAUUACGUUCGUUCUGAGCAUCUUGGACAUGCUGGAAAAGAAUGUUUACAUUUUGGACUCGGCGUCCAUCCACGAGGGCAUCAACAAUCUGACCAGACUGGCCGAAAUGCACGUGCCGCUUUGGAAACCGUUGCGCGACGUGGUGAAGCAGUCCGAUCUCGCCGACAUCGACGCCGCGCUGCCGAACGCCACCAUCAACGUGAACGCGAUUCUGAGCAAUCAGAACAGGACGAGCCUGUGCAGGACGAAGAUCGACUGCCAAAACGCGACGGUUCUGUACAAUUUUCUCAGCUCGAAGAGAGCGGGCAAGGUUUUCCGAUACGACCCGAAGGCGUCGAAAUAUCCGACGGUAAUCGACAUCUCGAGCCGAUUGGCUCGCAGUCUGGACUUCGAUCUCAUAAGUCGGCAGCUGUCUUACUGGCGCACCGAGGCUUCCUGGAAUCUCUCCUGGCUCAAGGAGAUCCUGGUUCAUUUGUCCAUGAUCCUCGGAGAAGGCGGGAAUCUGCUGGACGUCGCUAGUCAGAUCGAUCUCGAGGACAUCACCAGCAGCAUUCUCGGGACUCCCGAUCUCGCCGAUGGUAUCAUCAAUAUAUUGAAGGAUAAAACAGUCGACAAAUUAUUCGACGGGAUGAAGGAACUCCUUGAGGAUGUGGAGCCGUUCAUAGAAGACAACGAAAUAAUCGACGAUCUACACAAAAUAAUCGCGACAUUGGAAUCGAUGGAGAUUUUCAAGAACCUAGGACUGCUCGAUAUGAAAUACGUCGUCAAAGACAUGUUCGAUAACUGGGAUUUUGUGCGAACGUAUUUGAUCGACAGAAUUGGUAUCACCAACGAGAUCGCGCUCACCUUGGGCGAGGCCAAGAUAGACAUGAUUUCGGUCUUCAUGCAAGAGCGCGGUAUCGUUAGUCUGAAGGACAGCAUUUGCUCAGCCGAGAAGCUUGGCGAUAUGUUGCACUUCAACAACGAUCUCGUGACUGCCGAGGAAGUCAGCUCCGCGCUCUGUCAAUUGGAGGACUCUCAGACGCAGGAUAUCGCCAUCACGUUGAUGAAGAACUUGAACUUCGAAUACAUUUUCAAAAACCUAAUGAGCGCUAAUGUGAAAAGUAUAUUGGCUAAUGCAAAUCUAACCGAGGCCGAAGGAAAAGUUAUAUUGGACAAUCUUGGAAUUGCUGCGGAACUAUUUCCAUUAUUCAAAGACAAGCUGUCGGCGAGCUUUUCUAUUGGAAAUGAAACAGAGGAGACUAACGCGGAAGAAAUGGAUGAAACGUCAUCCAAUUCGCAAUUUCUGAAAGAUUCCAGUAAAUUACUCUGCGGUAGAACAUUGAUACAAGAUGAAGGACAAUUUUACAAAUAUAUUACCAAUUUAAAGGACAGUAAUAAAGCGUCCGAUCAGAGGGAACUCGAUUCUUUGCCAGACGCUUGCAAAGAUACGUACAAAACUGUGCUGUCUAUACCCGGCGGAAAGAUCGUCUGGGGGUACGUCAAGCCUCUGUUACGCGGGCAUAUCCUUUACGCGCCCAACACCACCGUGAUCUCCGAAGUCAUGGCGUUGACGAACGAGACCUUCGUGCAGAUGGAGCACUUCGGCGUGCUGGUAGACAGCGUCGAGAAGACUCUCAAGGCUGUAGCCAAUCUUACAGAGAUGGGCGAUACUUUGACGGAAUUACAGAACAUAAUGUCGUCCGACGUCAUGAAGGUUGCCAUCAAAUCGAUGAGCGGUGGCAAUUUCGAAGGUGACCUUUCCGAGCUGAAUCUCAGCGAGCUCGCGUGGCGGCUGAAAAAAUCGAAGAAGCUGAUCUCGAUGAUCGGCAUGCUGAACGGUAUGAUGGGAUGCGUGCUGGUGAACAGAACAAUAGGAUUCUCCACGGAGGAGGAGUUGGAAGCAGCGGCCAGCCGCUUGACUGACACGAACGAGUUUCUCGCCGGGAUCAUCUUCAUGGACGACGCUACGUCGCAUCUGGCGAAAAGAUCUCUGGACCACGAGCUGCCGGACAAUAUCACCUACAAGAUCCGCAUGGACGUGGACUACGUGCCGUCCACCAGACGACUGAAGAACCAAUUUUGGAUUCCCGGACCGGAGAGCAGCUUCAUCGAGCAUCUCAGGUAUCUUCGGGGUUUCAUUCAACUUCAGGACUCCGUCGAUCGCGCGAUCACGAAGGUGAAGACCCGGAGAUACGAUCUCAACUGGAGGACAGUUACGCAACAGAUGCCGUACCCGUGUUGGAAAAACGUACCAUUCCAAACGACGCUUUACGAGUCUCAAGGCUUGCAAGUAUGCUUCUUUUUCGCGUUAAUGAUGUGCGUUGGAGCGGCUGUCAGACAUAUCGUUUGGGAGAGAGAAUCACAAAAUGCCAUGGUAAUGAGCGUAAUGGGAUUAAAGCCGUGGCGCAACACCUUCGCUUGGUUCAUCACAUCUUUCGCGGAGCUGUCGAUCGUGAUGAUUGUCAUCUCCCUGAUUUUACUGGCUGGAAAAAUCCUUCCGCGAUCGGAUCCCUCCAUCGUGCUUAUUUUGCUUUUCGACUACAUCUUCUCCAUUGUGACCUUCUGCUACAUGAUCUCGACGAUGUUUAGCUCCGCCAGUCUCUCCGCGGUUACCACGGUUGUCAUGUUUCUGUUAACUUACAUGCCGUAUGUCAUUGUUAUCGCCAUGGAGGCCACAUUCGGAAUCGGAUACAAACUUAUAAUUUGCCUGAGCAUGUCGACCAGCUUCUGUUACGGAUGCCUAUACGCGGUGCGAAAGGAGGUUCAAGCCAUCGGUCUUACUUGGGCGAACAUGUGGGAGGAAUCAAGCCCCGGCGAUCCGAUGACUCUGGGAAUGUUGUUGCUAAUGAUCGCUUUCGACGGUUGCCUGUACGCCGCGAUCGGUUACGUCAUCGCUAGAUACACCGAUUCAGGUAGGGGCUUUCACGGUUUGAGGUCCCGUAGCUUAUGGUGGGCCGACACCCGCUCUCUCUAUGGCAGACCGAGCUACCUCGCCUUCGUCAACAACCUCUAUUUCACUAACGACGUUCUCCAUCCCUCAGCCGCUUACCAAGAUGACGAGAGCGAUCUCAGCAACCUGACGGUCACGGAGAAGCAAAUCGGCGUGAAAUUCGAGGGUGUCAGGAAAGUCUAUCAUACCGAACGUGGUGACGUCGUCGCCGUGGAGGACUUCACCUUAAAACUCUGCGAGGGUGAGGUGACGAGUCUGCUCGGAAGAAACGGCGCGGGAAAGACUACGAUUAUCAAGAUGCUAACGGGAAUGGUGGCCCCGACCAACGGCGAAAUUUGCCUGAACGGCGAGGAAGGUUACAAGCCCGACAUUGGAGUGUGUCCUCAGGAUAACGUCCUCAUCGGAACUCUGACGCCGAGGGAGCACAUGAUAUUUUAUUGGAAGCUCAAGAAACCUAACGAUGAUAAUAACAUGGAGAAGAAUGUUAACGAAAUGCUGGCUUCCCUGGAACUCGGCCGCCAGGAACACGAGCCAGUGUCGCGCUUGUCAGGCGGUACGCGACGCAGACUCUGCGUGGCCCUGGCCUUCCUCGGCUCGCCACGUCUGGUGAUCCUGGACGAGCCCGGCGCCGGGGUGGAUCCCGCGGCCCGACGACGGAUCUGGCGACUGAUCGACCAGCACAGGAUCGGCAGGACUGUUCUCCUCUCGACUCAUCAUCUGGACGAGGCCGACAUGCUGAGUGACACCGUUGUGGUGAUGCACAAAGGGAAGAUCUUGUGUACCGGUUCGCCGUUAUCCUUGAAGAUGACGCACGGCAGGGGCUACAGACUGAACGUGACUUUUCCACCCGAACAUUACGCCAACGGUGAGGCGGGGCUAGGAGGGAUACCAGAGACGGUCGAGAAGAAGAACCUCAAGGCUCUUCGUACCGUCGUCGAGGAAGUUAUGCCGAACACCACGAUAGACGAGGUCUCCGAGGCAGAGGUCAUCAUCGCGUUGCCUUUCCAGGGAAAGAGCAGAAUGAACAAUGACAUCGCGCAAGUGGCGAAGGCGCUGGAAGACAACCGUAAGCUCUUGGGAUUCUCGCACUUCUCAUUGGAGUGCGACACUCUGGAAAGAGUAUUCUUGGAUCUUUGCGCGCGAGCAGACAGCGGAUCGAGCGUUAUCAGAGCGAGUCAAGAUAGCGUCAUUAAUAUGGAGCAUGCCGAAAUACCCGGAUCAAAUGACAACAUCGAUUUAAUUACCGACAUGGUGUUGAAGCCCUCGCCAAUUCGACAGAUGAAAGCCAUGAUAAAGAAACGGCUAUGGCAUUUCACGAGAGACUGGAGAGCGCCGUUGGCCGCGCUCGUUUUACCAACCAUGUUUGUCGCAAUCGCUAUGGGAUUUUCUCUAAUACGACCACCGUCCGAGAACGAGCCACCUCUGACUUUGACUCCCAAACUUUAUGACACUCAUCCGACUUACUUUUAUAGCAUCGACAGUAAUGAUCCGUUCCUACAACAUGUGUCUAUGCAGCUGCACGAUCGUUUCGGGGACGAUUACGCUGGCGCAUGGCAAACCUUACCUAAUGAUACCGGGACCUGCGAAUGUCUGGACGGUCAACAAACCUGCCGAGGCGUGUCUAAAGCCGUCGAGGGCCUUCUUCAAACUCUACCUGGCCGACCUACUCUGGACUGGAUAGUCUCGACGCAUCAGGAAUAUAUAGAGAAACGGUACGGCGGCUGGUCUCUGACGCACUCCAAGGAGGAUCCCCUUUUCAUCGUUUGGUACAAUAACAAGGGCCAUCAUUCUAUGCCGGCGUACCUGAACGCCCUUAACGAGGCGAUCCUGCGAGCGUUCGGGGUGCGAGGACACUUAACCACGCUCAAUCACCCCUUGAAGCUAUCGAGUGAUCAGCUGAAUCGAACGACACUAUUGCAACACGUGGCGGACGUCGGCGUGGGGUUGGUACUUUUGAUAGCUUUCAGUAUGGUCGCAGCUCAGGGAACUAAGGAGAUAGUCAGAGAACGACUGACGGAAGAGAAGAGAAUACUCUACCUGGCCGGAGUUCAUCCCGUCACGUAUUGGACGACAAUCUUAAUUUGGGAUUUCAUAGUAUACCUCUGUGCUGUCUGCCUAGCGGUAAUUGUUUUCGAGAUCUUCGGUUUGUCAGCCUACGUUGAGAAAGAUAAUCUCGCCGGAGUCUGUCUCCUGCUAAUUCUGUUCGCAUGGGCGGCGUUACCGUUUUCGCAUCUAGCCGAAAAAGCGUUCGACGACUCGAGCCUGUCGAAUAUGGUGCUCUUCUGCGUGAACACCUUCAUAGGCGUAGCCUGUCUAGCGACUAUUUUAGUCCUCGAUAUCCUCGGCCGCAGUAAAACGGCCGAGGACGUGAGGAACAUUCUGCACUACGUCCUAAUGAUCUUCCCGCAAUACGCCCUCGGCGACGGAUUGGUCGAGAUCACGAGGAACGACAUCACCUCCGAAUUGCUCGAAAGAUUUCACAUGGACACUUACAAGUCCCCGCUCGGCUGGGAUCUUCUCGGCUACCAUUACCUCUUUCUGUUUGUUAUCGGCGCGAUUCUGUUCGUGCUGAAUCUGGUGAUCGAGUGUCGGCUCCUGCCCGAUCUGAGGAGGCAGAAGAUCGGUUACGAGAUGGUGGAGGAGGACGAGGACGUCGCCAGGGAGAGGCUGCGGGUCGAGGCCGGGAUGGUCGACGACACCCUGAAGACCAUGAAGCUGCGGAAGGAAUACAGGAGCGUGUACGGGACGAAUGUUGCUGUGCAAAAUUUAAGUUUCGGCGUACAGGCCGGCAAGUGCUUCGGUCUCCUGGGCGUGAACGGGGCGGGAAAAAGCACGACGUUCAAAAUGCUGACAACAGAGAUUAUUCCUACGGCCGGAAAGAUUAUUCUGAAGGGGCAGGAGAUUGGCGCGGGGCCGUUGUGCAACGGCGAGGUUGGCUAUUGCCCUCAGAGCGACGCCCUGGAUGGAUUUCUCACGCCCCACCAGUGCCUGACGAUUCACGGCGAAGUUUGCGGGUUGAGCAACGUUCCUAAGGCUGUGGAAACCACGCUGAAGAGAUUCGACCUACUCAAGUACGCUCAUCGAAGGGUCUCCGGCCUCAGCGGCGGUAACAGGAGAAAGCUAUGCGCCGCAUUAAGCGUCAUGGCUCCUGCCGCAGUAAUCCUCAUGGACGAGCCCACGAGCGGAAUGGACCCCGCCACGAAGAGCCUCGUGGCCAGAGCGGUGAGACAGGUGACGAGGAGUCAAGGGUGCGUCAUCCUGACGUCACACAGCGUCGCCGAGUGCGAGAACCUUUGCUCGAGGGUAGGCAUCCUCGCACGAGCCGGUCUCAGGUGUAUAGGAACGCCGCAGCAUUUGAAGCACAAAUUCGGCGAAGGAUACGUCGCCUUCCUGAGAUUCGGCCAGCCAGUCACCGCCACGGAUCUUAGGAGGGUUAUCCUGAAAUAUCUGCCACAGGCGAUGAUCUCCUCGAGGCAAGCGACGGCUGCUCGGCUCCUGCUACCGCGCAGCCAGGACAUGGCGCUCAGCGUGAGCUUCAGCAUGCUGAAGCUCCUGGCGGAGGAGCUUAAGGCCACGGACUACACGCUUACACAGAGCUCGUUGGAUCAGGUGCUGGUGACCUUCUCGGAGGAGCUGGACGACGAGGCCGUCGACGUGACCGUCUUCGGCCAGGGCAGCAGGAACAGCGUGCCAAAUAUGUACUCCAGCAUGGACACCAUCCACAUGGACACGUUUUGAAUAGUGUGGCCGUUUAAUUAAACUUAAGCUCCAGAGGCCUUGCGCUCUCGAACUAGACGCAAGAAAUUAAUUGGAAUUAAUUUUACGUUUUCUUUUUCACUCGGUAAAGCCUCUCCUGUGCCUCGCUGUGCGCUCUCGUGGCGUGCAUUUCCGUGGCGAUUACUGUGAUAGUAUUCUGCGUUUAUCUUUGACGCCACGGCAAUAUGCGCGAUUUGUAUGUAUGAGCUCAAUGAAACAAGAAAGGAGCGAAUCAAUGUGAUUCUCAAGUGUAUAGUUACGCGGUUUUCUCCAUGGGGAGAGAUUUGGACGGUCAUUCGCUUAUGGAGAUCGAGAUUUCGAGCGAAUACAGGAAACAAAAUCUUUUAAAAAUCGGUUCGGUCUCGGAAACAAAAUUAUCCGAAAAUUUGAAUCGAGCUUAAAUUUGUAAAUACCUUUCUAUUUUCCGGCAAUUUUGAUUUAGCAAUUAUUAGUUUCCCUCUCUCUUUUAGUAGAGCGGAAAUAUGUAAGUACGUUUUAAGAGUUAGAUAAUUGAGGAAAAUGUACAGUAGAGUUUUUAGCGGGACGAAUAUUUCUUCGCUCCUGACGAAGCGAACAUCCAUGAUGGGAAUUAAUGCAUGAUUUAGUUAAAAUUAAUGUAUUUACUGCAAGAGCGAGAAAAGUAUCGAGUGGUUGGUGAGGGUGAUUGGUGUGGGUGAUUGGACCAGGGAAUUGAACUAACCAGAGGCAUUUUGUAUUCUUUUAGGUAUCAGUAGAGUCAGUAAAAAAAAUAUCUUUAAUUACACAGUAAUUUUGUAUAUUUAGUAUAUCGAGCAAUUGUGAGCAGUAUUCCAUCGUAUCGCUAUGAUUAUUUUAUACAAUAUUUUUAAUAAGUAAGAUAUCAAUGAAAUAUAAUUCGAGCAAUUAUAACAGUAAUUGCAAUAUUAUAGGCGUCAAUGCCCUUUUCACUUGUCUACUGAUCUGCCGCUGCAUUUUACAAUCAAAAUAUUUUAUAUACAACCGAUACACACAUAUGAUGUCUUUAAAUAUAUCAAAAUAUUUUAUACAUAACUAUACGAUACACACGUAUUGACGCGAAUGUAUUAGAUAACUAAAUAUACUCAAGAAAUAAUUGUAUGCCACACUGGAGACAUGGAGAAAUUUAUUAAAUAAUUAUUUAAAUUUAUUAAAAUUCCCUUAUUAAUUGAGUACGCGCGCACAAUGUAAUUAUUUAUUUAAUUAAAAACGUAUGGACAUUAAGGGUGAAUCGAUUUGAUCGGCGCGAGUGGGAGAGAGACAUUGGCCAUUCGUGCUAUGCGCCCGCGCGUUUCGUUUUCAUAUUUUGCCGUCGCUCCGACAUCGCAAUUUCGAAAACAGAGGAUUCCACGGGCGACGAGGUCGUCCCCCGCCCCCCCUUCUCCUCCCAUCAAUUUUCGCCGAAGGCGAUUAUCGACGAGUACGUUUGACACACCCGAACCCGGACUGGUUAAAUAUUGCCGGUGAGAAUCGCGUGGUCCGUAUGUGCGAGCCCGGGGCUUUUAUUUGUCGCGCUUGACGAUGCGACGUCGACUCAUAGAAACACGAAGAUCGAUGCGAACGCGAGCGCGAAUGGUACCGUAAAAAAAUAAAAGGAGACCGGUGACGCAAGAAUGAAGCGCGAGACGAUGAUAUUUAUUGCCGUGGAUGGGAGAGAAAGGGCGAUCAAAGGAAAUGAAAGGUAUAUACUUGUAUGGGAUGCGUCCCGAGUUUCUCACAUUUCAAAUACGAAGUCUCGUUUAGAAUAGGAUUUUUCAUUAAUUAAGGAACAUCGGGAUAGCAAGAUUCAAAUUAUAUCGAGUCAAAUUUUUAUUGGGGAAAAGCAGUAGGAAUUCAACAAAUUAGGAGCUCAAAAUUUCGAAAAAUAUUCAUAGUUUUCCGAUUUGGUUUCUGGGAUUUGCUGCGGUAUAAAAUUUUAUUUGGUAUAUUUUUAUUUUUAUUUAGUAUAUUUUGCGUAUUUUCAAUUCAGACAUCAGCUGAUCGUUUUUAUAUUUCGUAUUUAUGAUGUGAGCAGAAAUAAUUAACAAUACACACACACACACACAAACACACAGACACAUUUUUCGAUUUGUGGUCACGGCAAAUUAAUUGAUACUUAUACUGCUCGUUUUAUAUGAAUCAAAAACGAUAUUUCGCGCAACGAACUGCUGAAAUGCAUCAAAAUUGCUUCGUGUUUCUCAUUAAUUUUUAUUCAUGAAAAGAGAGUGGAUCGCGGAUGGAAACGGGUGUCAGAAGCGCCACGCUUAAUAUUUGUAUUAUUAUAAUUAAUCGUAUAAAUUUGCAGUUUAAUGUGUAAAAUGCGGUGGUGCAUUUAAAUAUUUCACGGCGACGACAAAUUGAUUGACACACGUUAACGUGCAUCGUUGCUUUUUAUUCGUUUGACAUAAGAAUCGAAGCGGCAGGGAAUGAACAAUGUAAUUUCCAUUGACAUUGAGAUAUGUUAAUAUGUACGGUAGUUAUUAUCUUAAUGAUAUGCGUUGUGUGCUGAAUUUUUUACCAGUUAAUCUCAAGAUUAGAAUGCAACUUAUCAAAAAUGGACUUCGAUGAUAGUUGAAUGCGGUCUUCCCAUUCAAGUGGAGAACACUAAUUGUAAGUCACGCAUCGUCGGCCUGGUGAUUCAAAUAACAAAGAGACCGUAUCCGCUGCUGUCAUUCGCGACACAAUGAAUUAUUCGACGUACUAUACUUUACGAGACAUUUUGAAUAUUUCGUCGUGGCGCCCAGUUUACGUAAAGUCACCGCAUUAUCACUCGCUAACCGAUGAGUACGCAGGUAGCAAGGUCGCGCUUGCUGUUUUAUUAUCACCCUCUCAACGCCUCGUGCCAUGUAUUUAUUGUAAAGAACUAGUAUUUUACAAAACGCGAUAAUAUUUUAUAAACGACUAGGGGCUGCCGGCACGCGCAAACUAAUUCUUCCGAUCAACGGCAAGCGAUGAGUAUCUGCAACGAAUAUUUUCGCGUUAGAUAUUAUUCAUUUUAUGUAGGAAUCAAUGUGUCGUUCGGAAUUGUAAUAGGAAUUGUAAGAUACCGUUUAUGAAUAAUAAUAUUAUGUAUUUCGUAGAAGUGCGCGCGUCGAAAUUUGAUGCUUAUAAGCCAUAAUCGCUGCUUAGCUCGCGACAACAUAUUGAAUGAAAUAUAUAUUACUUUGCAAGGCAUUAAA